UGAGCCCUUGGGGGCAGUUCUACUGCUGGCAGGAGGAGGCUGGGUUGGCAUGGGGCAGUGUUUGAGGUAUCAGAUGCAGUGGGAGGACCUGGAAGAGUACCAGGCUCUGACCUUCCUGACGAGAAAUGAGAUUCUGUGCAUCCAUGACACCUUCCUGAAGCUCUGCCCCUCGGGCAAGCACUAUAAGGAGGCCACACUGACCAUGGACCAGGUCAGCUCCCUUCCUGCUCUGAGGGUCAACCCUUUCAGAGACCGCAUCUGCAGGGUAUUCUCCCACAACAAUGUGUUCUCCUUUGAAGAUGUGCUGGGCAUGGCAUCUGUAUUCAGUGAGCAGGCCUGCCCCAGCCUGAAGAUUGAGUACGCCUUUCGCAUCUAUGAUUUUAAUGAGAAUGGCUUCAUUGAUGAGGAAGACCUCCAGAAGAUAGUGUUGAGGCUAUUGAAAAGUGAUGACGUGUCCGAGGACCUGCUGAUGGACAUCACGCACCAUGUCCUAAGCGAGUCAGAUCUGGACAAUGACAACAUGCUUUCCUUCUCCGAGUUCGAACAUGCAAUGGCCAAAUCUCCAGAUUUUAUGAACUCCUUUCGAAUUCACUUCUGGGGAUGCUGAUAUGGAAGCUGCCACCUGGUUCAGCAGCUUCAAGGAAGACUACUGGACCCCUGCAUCCAGGCACUGUGGCAUUUGAUCUGAAGUCUGACUCAACUCUGUCCCUCCUUCACCUCUAGAAUAUUGUUUGCUAAACAAAUACAUGUUU